AGACUCUCGUCGAUUUCGCGUUAGUAAGCACCACCUAGAAAGCUUCCUCCCACUUUUAAGUUACCAUUUCUUAUAUCUAACUCAAUCUUAAAGUGUUCAAUUCCUCAUUCGAAUUUCGUGUACGAAGUACUUCACAAUGAUAUGGUUUGCUCUCUUAAAAGCGAUGAUUUCGUGUUAAAGUGCUAAUUAAAAGUAAAAGUGAAACAAAAACAAAAUGAAUUUAAAUUAUUGUUGAUUAAAGAAGAAAAUACUUAGGUGAGAUUAAAAAAGUUUAAAGAGUUUGUUAAUUUCGUGUGUUGUUACAUAAAAUCCAUGUGGAAAUCGGACGUUGUAUUUUUUGAGUAAGAAUAAAUUAAAUGAACGUUUUGUGAGAGUGAAAAGAAGAAAUUUUAUGGUUUCAAAAAUGUUAUUAAAAGGAAUUAAUCGGUGGAGUUUUAUCAUUUUAUCAUCAUCUUUAAUAAUAAUCACAAAAAUUGUGCCAGUUUAUUCCGAAGACACAACUGAAAUUGAAUAUAGUAGUAGCACAAGUAUAUCAGUAAGUAAUGGAAGAAUUCAGCAAAAUCAGCAAAUUCAACAAGAUUCAACUGAACCAGUUUUAGAACCUGUCGAUAUUUUAGAAAGCAAUCAUAGUCGAGAGGCUUUAUCUCAUGAUGCGAGCGAACACGAUUCGGUUAUUUUUAUCGGGGAUACCGGAGGAUAUUUGCCUGCUUUAAGAUCAAGACCACCACCUCAAGUAGAUGAUGAUUUAGAUUGGAGACUUCCGGUAGAUACGUGGGAUAGAGAAUAUAGACGGUUUCGAUUUAAUACAACUAAAGUACAACACAUAGAAGCUGAAUGUCAGGACGAUUAUAUGAAGAUACGAAUCGGGUUUAAUGGCUCUUUUACUGGCCUUGUUUAUUCGGCUGGUUACGCAUAUGAUCCUGAUUGUAUGUAUAUAAAUGGCACCGGAAGAGACUAUUACGAAUUUUACAUCCAAUUAAAUCGAUGUGGAACUUUAGGGAAAAACUCUCAUCAGGAAGAUAGUCGGAAAAAUCCUACGAAGAAUUUUAUGUGGAAUACCAUCACCGUUCAAUACAACCCAUUAAUUGAAGAGGAAUUCGAUGAACAUUUUAAAGUUACUUGUGAAUAUGGAUACGAUUUUUGGAAAACUGUAACUUUUCCGUUCUUAGAUGUUGAGGUGGCUACUGGAAAUCCAGUUGUUUUUACAUUAACCCCACCUGAAUGUUACAUGGAAAUCCGCUAUGGAUAUGGAACAACUGGAAACCGAGUUACUGGUCCAGUUCGUGUAGGAGAUCCUCUAACGUUAAUUAUUUAUAUGAGGAGUAAAUAUGAUGGUUUUGAUAUUGUUGUAAAUGAUUGUUUUGCUCAUAACGGAGCAACAAAGAAAAUCCAAUUAAUUGACGAAUAUGGAUGCCCAGUCGAUGAUAAAUUAAUAUCAAGAUUUCGCGGUUCUUGGUCAGAAACUGGAGUUUUUGAAACCCAAGUUUUCGCUUACAUGAAAACGUUCAGAUUUACCGGUUCUCCGGCUCUUUAUAUCGAAUGCGAUGUUAGAAUGUGCCACGGAAGAUGUCCGACUCAACCUUGUCAUUGGAGAAACUUAAAAGGUGUUAAAAAACGUUCUAUUGAACCACCAAAAAAUUCCUCGACAAACAACACUCUUUCUGAAAAUAUCAAUCUUUUCCAAUCACUACGAGUUUUACAAGAAGGUGAAGUUGAAGAAGAUUCUGCAACACCACAACCAACAGUUGCUGCACCAUUAGAAACUUAUAACACAGUUUGCAUGAAAACUGGUUGGUUUUCAGCGCUUUUAGCAUUAGGAGGUGGUGCGAUGUGCCUUUUAGGUGGAGCAUUAUUGGCUACUUGUACGAAAAUGAGGAGGAUAAGUAUCGAUAAAGUUUUAAGCACUAACCAAUUUGAAAGUUAUAUGACCCAUAAGGGAAGAAUUAAUUAAAAGUGAAGAUUUAAAGAUAAAAAUGACUUUUUGAGUGCAAUUAUUUAUUAG